UUAUUAUUAUUAUCAUCGUCGUCGUUGUCGUCGUAUAAUUUGACGAACAUCAGCGGCACCAUCACGUUCCAGUUUUGUUUGUCGUUGUUUUAGAUCACGAUCGAAGUAGCGCCCUCGUCUUCGCUAAAAGACGCGGAUCCAAGCCAAGGUCGUCUUUCUUCCUCUCGGGCACGACUUCCCUAACCUUUUCCUCAGUCACAUCGUUACCCACAUUCAGAUCUGUAUUAUAUAUAUAUAUAUAUACAUAUACAUAUAUACACACAUAUAUAUAUGUAUAUCUAUAUAUAUAUAGAUCAUAUGUAUUUAUAUAUUACCGACUACUAAAUCUCCCUCUCUUUCUUUUUCUCUCUCUCCUCCCACUAUCUUUCUUUUUCUAUCUCGUUUUCACUCUCCCUCUCUUUCACUCCGAUAUCCUCAGCAUUUUUCUGCAGUUUAACCAAGCCCGCCAAUUAUCGAACGUCCACGUGUCUCUUCCCCUUAUCCUUAAUUCCAUUCUAUUUCCUUCUACUAGUUAAAGUCAUCCACCCGUUCGAUCCAACCCACCUCCAUCCGAUUCCAUCCCAUUCUGCCACCCCUCGGUCCUUCCCUUUUAAUCUCCGUCAACGUCGGGGGAAGAAGGGAGGAAAAAAGAAGAAAAAAGAAAAAAAUAACGAAGAGAAAAGCAACGAGAGAGAAAAAAAGCGAUUGUUCCCUGAUCGGUGUUUACACCACCGAAAAAAGAGACGAAAUUCAAGCGGCAAGAUCGUUCACCCCCUUCACCCUCUUUCACCAUCGAUCCCUCACGAUCAUCCACCCAUCCCCUACGUUCUUCGUGUUUGUGUGCGAGUUUCAAAACGAGAGAAGACCGUGAAAACGUGCCGUUAAAGUAAUUAAAUUCGACUGACUCGAUUAGCGUGAGAACUUUCCUCGAAAGUUUUCGAGUUCGUUCCAGUCUUCCCUCUUUCUCUCCAUCUCCCUGUCUCUCUCUCUCUCUCUCUCCUUUUUUUCUCUCUCUCUAUCUAUCUAUCUAUCUAUCUAACUCUCCUUCUCUCUCUCUCUCGUUCUAUCUUUUUCUACGACUCUCGAACGCGAGUGCAACGAGAGGAUUGUGUGUAAUGAUAGUCGAAGGUACUACGCGGAAGCGUUGAAAGAAAAGAGAGGAGGACUCGGUCCGUUAAGUGAUUGCAAGGGAAUGUUACUACUACAACCAACUUGAAAAGUUUUGGUAUACCACUGCAUUGCACGGUUGUUCAAUGGCCAUUAUGUCCCUUGGACUAAACUUUUGCCGUUCCAACGUACGAAGGGAGACAGCCGAGACACCGGAGACGUUUAUGAUGAGGAUAGUCUUCUUGACUUUAGGAUAUUUCCUUCUACUUACACGGGAGGUUAAAGGAGCAACCGAGGCAUGGCUCGAAAGUGAGAAAUAUGCGGAAGUUGGAACGGAAGUGCUACUGCCAUGCAUCCUAAAACCACCACAGUGCGGGGCACUUCAAAGCAUCGACUGGUAUCGCGCGGGUACGCGCAUUUUCGCUUUCAGCGAAGGCACGGGGUUAAUGCGGAGCAACGACGGCGUAGCCAACAGUGACGACAGAUUGGACAUCGAAUACAUGCUCAAUUCGACUACGGCUUAUCUGAAAAUAAUCGAUGUUAAACUCAAGGACGAGGGACUUUACAGAUGCGAAACUGUAUACUCAGCUGGAAAUUUGGAUUGCAAUAAUAUUCAACAUGUAACACUUAACGUUACGAUAAAACCCGUUAACGUACAUGUCAUCGACGAGAACACAAAGAACAUUUUAAGUCCGGAUGCAACAUUUGGACCGAUAGACGAAGGUUCAACCAUUUCACUGACUUGCCAGAGUGGCGAGGGUAGACCGGUUCCCACGGUGCAGUGGUUUAAGGGUGAUCAACAGCUCGAAGCCGUAGCAUCAUCAACGGUUGACGCCAAUGGCAUAGGCACUGGUAGAAGCUCCUUGAAGAUGCAAGUGACUCGAGAGGAACUCGGCGAUGUUUUCACGUGCAAGGUCAACAACAUUGCUCUUCUAGAACCUAUCACUGAUGACAUUAAACUCGACAUUCACGUGCGCCCAUUAAAAAUGGAUUUGAGCGGAGUGGUCGGUCACGCUGUGCAAGGAACAAAAAUAUUAUUACAAUGUACCGUAAGUUCAGCUAGACCAGCUGCCAAUGUGACUUGGUACAAUGGAUCGGAACCAUUGACUACUAGUAACGAAAAAUACGAACUAUUUGAGACGAAAAUAUUUGAAAAUGGGAACGACAGUACGUCAAAAACGAUAAGUUAUCUUGCAUUUACCGCAUCGGCAUACGACAAUGGGAAAACGUUUAGUUGUAUCGCCGAAAAUCCUGUUAUUCGUACCAAACGUCUCAAACCUAUGAAGGAAGUAAUCACGAUCAAAGUAUUGUAUCCGCCGAUAAUUAAAAUGACACCGGUCAACAUAACCGUCAAUGAAACUGAAGACUUUAUUAUUUAUUGCGAUUACGAGGCUAAUCCAACUACGUUGACCAAAGUUACAUGGUUACAAGACGAUAUAGAGUUAACAUUGGACGAGGAACAUUACGAGGGUGGUAUCACGGUUAAUACGGCAUUAAUCGUAAAGAAUGCUACCGCUACCGAUAUGGGUUCCUAUAAAUGCAUUUUAGAGAAUAGCGUUGGCGCUACGAGCUCGAAGGAGAACGUAAAUGUGUCCGUUUUAUAUAAACCUGUGGUCGAAGUGAUAUCGGAUCCAGGGACCCCAGUGAACGAGGAAGAACGUUUGAACGUGUCGCUGAGUUGCACUGUACUAUCUGGAAAUCCAGAGAUCCUAACGGCCGUACGUUGGUACUUGGAUGGGGACCUUUUAAAAGAACUUCCAGACUGUACGAUGAACUAUACGAUAACGUCAACGUUGCCCGAAGAAUCCUCGAGUAUUUGCGACAUUGACCCUAGCAAACUGUUAUUGGAAGCUGUUGGACGUUCCUUUCACGGGGAUUAUUCUUGCGAGGGUAGAAACGAAGCUGGCUGGGGUCCCAUGUCUCCGAGUACAUCGGUCACGAUUUAUUAUAAACCUGGUCCAGCAACAAUAUCUUACGAACCGAAACAAGUUGUGAAAGGUCAACGACUAACUAUCGCCUGUUCGGUCCUGGAUCCUGGACGACCAGUAAUAAAUAGUUUCAAAUGGUUCCGUGAUUUGUACAGGCUAACUGAUCAAACCAAUUCUUUACUCGAUAUCGAGUCGGUCGACGUUAAGGCUGCUGCUAAUUUUACCUGCAUGGCAUCGAACGACGCCGGAGAUGGAUAUCCUGCUACGACAUCGGUCGAUGUAUUAGUGGCACCUACGUUCAUUCGAGCCCUGGAAAAUUAUCAAGGAUUCGUUUACAAUUCGAAAAACGUUAGCCUUGUUUGUUGGAUCGAGUGCGUUCCAGGUUGUAAUAUUUCUUGGUAUAGGAACGAUCAAUUAAUCGAUUUCGAUAUCUCCGAUCGUUAUUAUCUAUCGAACAGUUAUAUGCCGUUGGAUUAUGAGAACAAUUAUUUCGCAAGUAUACAAUCUAAUUUAACAUGGAAUUUGACUACACUGGCAAAUGGCCGUCUCGACCACAUUGACGAUGACGCCAAAUUCACUUGUAAAAGCAGUGACAAUGGUAUUGGGACACCGAUAGAAAGUACUACACAAUUUCACGUAGAAUUCCCACCGGAGAACAUAACGAUCUCGAAGAAGAUAAUAAACGUGACGGUGGACACUAUACCGGAAACUGUCAGUUGCGACGCAAAGGCUUAUCCAAACGCGACCUUCAGAUGGUUCCGCGAGGGUUCGAACGAUACUAUAAUAAAUGGACAAAUACUCGAUUUAAAUACACCUAUACCAAGGCGUAGCAAUGGGACUUAUUAUUGCGAGGCAUCGAAUCGUCAUGGGAAACAAAAUAUUUCACUUGUGGUGAACGUGCAAUUUAAGCCUGACUGUCACAUACAGCGGAAACGAUUGGAGGAUCAGGAUUACAUCAGCUGUUUGGCAAUUGGAAAUCCAGAAGAAAUCAAUUUUAUCUGGUCCGUAGAAACUGACAACGAAACGAUAGAACCAGAUUUCAAGAUUCUGGACGGGAUAAGCUAUGUACUUUUAGAUACUUCAAUCACGAAAUUUCGAACGUACGUGUGCAUUGCCAACAAUUCAAUCGGUCAAUCCACCGCCUGCGAGUUGGAUAUAACCGGAGACGUACCUUGGUGGUAUCGUAUGGAUGGUAACCUGUUACUGAUUGCAAUAAUCGUAUCGAUUAUCAUAAUACUUGCAAUAAUUAUCGUCUGUGUAGUUAUUUUAAUAAUUUGCAGACGAAAAAGGAAGCUAAUUAAAUACUCAAAUGAAAAUGGAAACAAUAAUCAAGCGAAUAAUAUGACGGAAACAAUGGCGGAUGGUGCAACAAAAACGUUUUACGAAAAUUUACCUUUUCAUGGUAUUCAAGCUCCGCCUAAUAAGGCCUUCAGCCCGGGAUUUUCUGAUUUGGAUUAUGCCGAUGUAGAUUAUCGUUCGUAUGGGCCUAUUAAUUAUAAAGCUGCCAGUAUCGCGCUCUUUCAAAAGCAACAGGCUAUACAGAGACAACAACAGAAUCAACAAGAAGAGAGAAGACCACAAAUGUAUGGUGUGUCGGAUGAUAACGAGGAACUACUUUAAUAAUCGUUAAUAUCACCGAUCAUCGAUGAUAACAAACAAAGAGAACGCGAGACCAAAGUUAAUCAAGACUUAUCAUUGAAUCUAAUUAACGAAGAUUAUAUAAGAACGUAUUUAUUUUUUUCUAUGCCCCUCGAAACAAAAGAAAAAAAAGAAGAAAAAAAAAGAAAAAAAAAAGGA